GUGGGAUGUCGUCGUUCACUGCUGCAGAGUGUGAAGCAACUCAUUGCAGGAAGAAGAAGAUGUGGCCGGAGCUCCAGCAGCCCUCGAUGACGCGACACGCAACAUUGACAUCAGACUGAAUCUAUCUCGUCUGUGGCUGGAUGGACAGGCUCAAAGAAUUAAGGUGGAAGCUCUUCCUCCUCCUAAUUGCUACCAGCAUCUUCAUGUGCAUGCUCGCUGUGACAACACCCAGGACAUCUACGCCGUUUCCAAAUCCCCACGGGCCUCCGAAGACAUGCCUCUUUCGGGUCUCUGGGCAGACCAUCACCCCCCUCAACAACACCAAGCACUUGCUGGUGUCAGCCUUCAUGGACCAGAGGGUGAAAGGCUCGGAUAUACGCGUCAUUGGCAUAUUUAGGAGAGACUCCAUCCAACCCCUUCACUGCUGUUUCUGCUGUGCAGGUUACUUGUCAGCCACAGCUCCUGCAACCAUCUUACAACACGCAGACCACUUUGGUUUUCCCUUCGUCACCACAGAUGUCAUGUGUCCGAUUGCUCAAAACUGCGACGCCACACACGUUGCUCUUCUGACACAGAAGGAGGGUGGGAUCGUACGGAACCAGACCUGGCUCCCCAUAAGAAACAAUCACACCGAGGAGAACGGGGAGGAGCAGUUGCAGUUCAACUUCACAGUCUGCAUCUCCAACCUGUUUGGAGAUUACAACAAUGUGCUUCAGUUUGCACAGACCCUGGAGAUGUACAGGAUACUUGGGGUGGACAGAGUGGUGAUCUACAACACCAGCUGUGGCCCAGACCUCGACCGCCUGUUGCGGAGCUACAGCCAGGAGGGCUUCGUGGAGAUGGUUCCUUGGCCCAUCGACCAACAUCUGAAUCCGUCGAAAGGCUGGCUCUUCUCAGAACACGGAGGGGACGUGCAAUACUUUGGCCAGUUAGCCACGCUAAAUGAGUGCAUUUACAGAUCCAUGGGUCGGUCGCGCUACGUCCUGUUGAACGACAUCGAUGAGAUUGUUAUGCCGUACCGACACAGCAACAUGAUGUCUCUGAUGAAUAUGCUCCAACAGCAACAUCCAAAUACGGGGGUGUUCCUCAUUGAGAACCACAUCUUCCCUAAGAAACACUUUGAGCCAAGUGGGAGGUUUCACCUGCCGCGAUGGAACGGGGUGCCAGGCGUUAAUAUCCUGGAGCACAUCUACAGGGAGGAGCCCGACAGAGAAAAAUACCAUCCACACAAGAUAAUAGUUCAGCCAAGGAUGGUGGAGCAGACCUCGGUACACGAGGUGCUCAAGUAUUCGGGACAGCGUUACAAAGUUCCGCCAAACGUAUGUCGGCUCAUUCACACCCGCGUGGCUCUGCAGGGGAGGCUUUCAUUGGAGCAGCUCAAUGUGGACAAACGGUUGUGGGACUUCCACGAGAAGCUGAUUCCCAAUGUGGAUAAGGCGCUGAAGAGAGCGGGACUGCUGAGCACAGAGGGGCAGAGCUGAUGGACGGACAGAAGUACACUGCUCAAGUGUCGAGGAUCGUCCACUUCGGAAGAGCGGUAUGACAUGCCGACUGUGACAAACUGGUUUUGUCCUGGUUGCUCUUAGAGGAGAACUUUUGAUAAGGGAUCAACGAAAUUGGCCAAAGUGUAUCCUGAGGAGGACCGUACGUAGAAAUAAGCAAUGGAUAGAUUGAAAUUUCUAUACUGCAAUCGAACACAGAUAGAGAAACACAGGCAGCCUUACCCUGUCUUGUCUCAGGUCACUGCGUUACAGUAAGAUGACUGGAUCAUUAAAGGCAUUAAAUACCCAGAAA